CAUCCACCAUCUCCACGCACCUCUCCUUGUCGUCAGUACCACAACCUCCUUGUCGGCGAGGCAAUGACAAGCGGCGACCGCCUCGCACACCCCUGCCCAUGGCCGGGGUGCAGCAAGGCCUACAAGCGCCUAGACCAUCUCGAGCGCCACCAGAAGAGCCACAGUGGCGACCUCAACUACCGCUGCCACCUGUGUCACCGCCAAUAUUCGAGGAGCGAUGUGCUGAAUAGACACCUGGUUCAGACGCACGGGGAGAAAACCGCACGUGCUGGCCGGCCGCGCCGCGCCGCAUGCAUCGCGUGCGUCGACGAACGCGUGGCAUGCGAUGGCGUCCCACCCAAGAUCUGCAGUCGGUGCCGCGACACGACGCGCCAAUGCCGAUACCGCCACCUUGAGAUGGAGGCGGCGUCGCCGCCGUCGCCGAGGGUGUCACUGGGCGGAUCGACCGGGUCGGGCGGGUUCGAGUUCUCGCCGCUUACCCCGGCGGUUGGGCUGGCGGCGCAGGGAGACGCGAGCGAGGUGGCACGCGAGGGUGAUGUCUUGGGGCUCUGGCCAGAGUCGGCGUGGAGCGCCGAGCUAAUCUUCACUGCCACUGAUCAGUGCGGGUUUCCUAUCCCGCCAGAGGAGUGGUGUGGUGCCGACGACGGCGUGUCUGGAAGUGAGGAAAGGCGUCCGAUUGACCCGGGGGAUGAGGGGCACUGGGGCCACGCCUCUUCUGGGUUACCGCACGCGCUCGCCUCACCAGAGCCGGUAGUGGCCCAAAUUGCGGAUGGCGAGAAGGGGACGAUGACGCCCAGUACCUAUGGCACAGUUCAGGCUCUCACACAACACGCUCACCGCCCACUGUGGUCCGCACCUCCCAACUUUCCCUCGGAGUCAUCUUUCGCGGCGAACGUGCAUCUUUUCCAUCAGCACUUUGCAACGUGGCUACCGCUUCUCGACCCCUCGGCGCAGAGGUCUUCACUCCUUUUCAAAGCCAUGGCGGGCAUCGGAAGCGUGUACGCGCGCGAGCCAGGUUUGAUGGAGCUCGUCCGGCGCGAUCUGCUCUUUAUCAGGGAGCACGACUACCGAUUCACGCAUGUCCUGUCCGUUUUGCAGGCUACCCUCCUAACAGCGAUUCACGGCGCUUUCUCGGCCUCAGCCACCGAGACGCAGCAUGCGGAAACCGCGCGCGCGACAUUGGUGGUUAGCGUGAAGAGAAUGGACCUCCUCACAGGCAGUGAAGAACAACGCAGGCUGGGAUGGUGCAUCUACCUUUUCGACGCUCACAUGUCCGCGCUCUUCGGCUUGCCCCCUUUGUAUUCUUUGACGGACAUUGACGCGCCGCUCCCCUCAACAGAUGCCUCGUUCCCCCCGAUCCUCUGCGCUCUCCUUGAAUCCGGCGCGGUCCCGCCUGCGCUCGACGACAUGGCGUUCAGCGUGCUGGCAUUCUCUUUGCACCGGAUAUGCGCGGACGUGGCAGCCGCGCGCGUAUUUGGUGCGUGGGAAGACGACGAGGCUGAGUAUGCUCUCCCUGUAUUGGGCUAUGCCAUCCACCCCCAGGCUCUGCUCGACCAGCUGGCGCGCCACGCGCUCCGCGUCCCUCCAACGCCCCUCUCCAUCGCCUGUGCAGCAGUCGCAUAUCACGCGCACCUCCGCUACGCUGCCCCCCGUUUCAUGGACGACGUUAAGAUGGCCGCGGGGCGCGAGGGGCCUGUCGCGGCUGAGGAGGCGCGGGUGCGGUUGGCAAGGUGGAUGCGCGUGCAGCCGCGACGUGCGCGAGACGUGAUGGCGCAUGCGUCUAUGCUGUUUGCCCUUAUGGGGCGGUUCGAGUUCUACACGCCGCCGGAAACGGUGUGGAUUUUCGAUGCGACGUUGUGCAUGUGGGCAUUCAUGGAGUUUGCGCCACUGCCGGAGGGUGAGACACUACUCGUUCCAUGGUCGCUUUCGCCUGCGCUUGAGGCGUGGGUGAGCAGUGGCGUCGGCUGUCUCGCGGUCGAGGGGAUUGGGCGUGUUGAUGCCUGCGCCUUGCUCAACGUAGCGGCCGAGCGCCUCAACGCAAAUCCCUGGGGCCUUGCUGCGCGCCACCGUCGUGUUCUCCUCAGGCUGGGAAGCGAAACACGCCGAAGAAGAGGAUGACCGCAGUGAGCACAUCAGGUUGUAUAAAGUAUGCACGGUCACUAAGUAUUGCGCGCUCUGAGCUGAUACACUACUACUACUAUGUAAAGAUUCUGGGUAUUCUAUGCAGGGUUACUCUU